AUGGCAUCGUCGCCGAGAACACCCCAUUCACAUUUUCCCUUAAAGCGACAGAGCACACAGCACAUUUUCAGCUGUUAUGCCUGCUCCUAUUACCCAACUUCUUUCUUCAUAGCCUACAUGUCACGCAUAUGCAAAGCCAUGGCGGACAAUGGAGAGGGAAGCUCGAGACCUCCUAUAUGGCACAGCAGAGUUCCCGAAGCGCAGCCUCCUCGAAUUCCAUUUCCUUACAUCAACCCGCCUCCAGAGCCUCGGCCUGAAGACGUCCUGCCUGAUAUUUUUGAGCAACGGCCGGACAUAUACCCAGGAAGUGCAUGGCGAGGAUGGCGUCUUCGAGCACCUUUUGGCCUGAAACACAACCUUCCGCAGUAUGAGAUGAACAAACAGUGUACCCAUGGCAUUAUGGUUCGCCGGUUUGUGGACGAUCGUAUACUUUGUCCCAACUGCGCUCGCCAGCCCCUUCUUGGAUGGUUGCUCCUCUGCGUCGAAGAUCUCGAUCAACCAAACGGUCCGGGGCUGUCACGAGGAAUUUCCAGAGCCAUGAUAAACGGUCACUACACUUUCAGAGAGAGAACGAUCGUCAGGCAACAGAGGGCAAUCGUGUUGCAGCAUAUGGAGCAAGAGUAUGGGUUGGCAGCAGCUCCAUUCUCACACAUCGAAGUCAUCCAGGGAAUCGAACCGGGCGACGAGGUCGAUGAUAACGGCAACGAUGGACUGCCCACAGAGAGAAUGGAGGGUAUCCGCCAGGAGAAUCAGGUAGAAUCAAUGCCUUGUCUGGAACAACCUUCCAGGCAGCCGCGUCCACCUUGCCGAUUCUGGUGCUGCUACCAUUGUAUGGAUCAUAUCCCGGAGCGUGCCUCCAUCCAUCUUGACGGCUUCUUCAAAAAUCCAUGUACUGCGAUCACCCUUCCAUGGGAGCUCAGCAACAAAAGGGUUUCGGACGCUAGGGUUGUCCGCAACUUGGACAAUCAUUACAAGCAGAGGGAGCAUUUCUUUGGGUUGCCAACUCCUCCUUAUACAUUAUCCGAAAGCAUGAGUCUCGCAAUAAUGCAGCCCCGGCUUAUGCGCCUUUGCGCAAUUGCAUCACGGACUGAUCUGCGUAGUCUUUGCGAUCCGUUGAAAGUAAAAGAAUAUUCAAGCGCAGGUCUUAUUCCCGGGGUCAGUGACAGUGACAGUGGAUCAGCACAUUCCUUUUUGAGCGGCGGCUCGAGAGGCAUCUUGAUAGCUUAUGCUAAAGAGAACGCUGUUGAGCCUGCUGAAGUACGGAGCACUCAUGAGCGUGAAAGUGACCUUGAUGUCGAAGUGGGCGAUGACGAUUAUGGUUUGGAAUCGCUAUUUCGCAGUACGACUUUGGACAUUUGCGACCUCAACUGA